AUGUAUUUGGUUUGGACUGAUGUUUUCUCUCACCCGUUAUGGUUGGUAACGACAGUGAUUUUGGGACUUGUCUUGCGAUCACAGCGGAGAGGGUCGUGGGAUCCGCGCGCCUGUCCAGUGCAACUGAAGGGCAAGACAGCCAUAGUUACUGGAGCUAACACAGGUAACGGUUUUGCAUGGUGCCACUUGGCAUGGGGUAUAGAUAUAGACUUGUUUUGCUUGGAAAGGCUUAUCCAAUUUGAUUCAAUAAGUAUAUUUCUCCACCUAGUGCACAGACAAAAACUCUUAACCAAAUGGAAAUACAACAAAAUCAAAUUAAUCAGAUUAUAUAAAUCAUAAUUGGCAACCCACUGGGCACAGACGUCAAUUCAGCGUCUAUAUUCACUUUGGUUCAACACAAUUUCAUCGAAAUGAUGUGGAAACAACUAUGAUUCAACCAGUGUGUGCCCAGUGGGGAAAUACAGUUGAGGUCAUAAGUUUACAUACACUUAGGUUGGAGUCAUUAAAACUACUUUUUCAACCACUCCACACAUUUCUUGUUAAUAAACUAUAGUUUUGGCAAGUGGGUUAGGACAUUUAAUUUGUGUAUGACACAAGUAAUUUUUCCAACAAUUGUUUACAGACAGAUUAUUUCACUUAUAAUUCACUGUAUCACAAUUCCAGUGGGUCAGAAGUUUACAUACACUUAUUUGACUGUGCCUUUAAACAGCUUGGAAAAUUGAGCGGCUUUAGAAGCUUCUGAUAGGCUAAUUGAUAUAAUUUGAGUCAAUUGGAGGUGUACCUGUGGAUGUGUUUCAAGGCCUACGUUCAAACUCAGUGCCUCUUUGCUUGACAUCAUGGGAAGAUGAAAAGAAAUCAGCCAAGACCUCAGAAAAAAAAUGGUAGACCUCCACAAGUCUGGUUCAUCCUUGGGAGCAAUUUCCAAACGCCUGAAGGUACCACGUUCAUCUGUACAAACAAUAGUACGCAAGUAUAAACACCAUGGGACCACGCAGCCGUCAUGCCGCUCAGGAAGGAGACCUUGUGAAGAUGCUGGAGGAAACAGGUACAAAAGUAUCUAUAUCCACAGUAAAACUAGUCCUAUAUCGACAUAACCUGAAAGGCCGCUCAGCAAAGAAGAAGCCACUGCUCCAAAACCGCCAUAAAAAAAAACAGAUUACGGUUUGCAACUGCACAAUGUCCUCUGGUCUGAUGAAACAAAAAUAGAACUGUUUGGCCAUAAUGAAGAUCGUUAUGUUUGGAGGAAAAAGGGGGGUGGCUUGCAAGCCGAAGAACAUCAUCCCAACCGUGAAGCACGGGGGUGGCAGCAUCAUGCUGUAGGGGGUGCUUUGCUGCAGGAGGGAAAGGUGCACUUCACAAAAUAGAUGGCAUCAUGAGGAAGGAAAAUGAUGUGGAUAUAUUGAAGCAACAUCUCAAGACAUCAGUCAGGAAGUUAUAGUUUGGUUGCAAAUGGUUCUUCCAAAUGGACAAUGACCCAAAGCAUACUUCCAAAGUUGUGGCAAAAUGGCUUAAGGACAACAAAGUCAAGGUAUUGGAGUGGCCAUCACAAAGCCCUGACCUCAAUCCUAUAGAAAAUGUGUGGGCAGAACUGAAAAAGCGUGUGCGAGCAAGGAGGCCUACAAACCUGACUCAGUUACACCAGCUCUGUCAGGAGGAAUGGGCCAAAAUUCACCCAACUUAUUGUGGGAAGCUUGUGGAAGGCUACCCGAAAAAGUUUGACCCAAGUUAUACAAUUUAAAGGCAUGCUACCAAAUACUAAUUGAGUGUUGUAAACUUCUGACCCACUGGGAAUGUGACGAAAGAAAUAAAAGCUGAAAUAAAUAAUUCUCUCUACUAUUAUUCUGACAUUUCACAUUCUUCAAAUAAAGUGGUGAUCCUAAUUGACCUAAAACAGGGAUUUUUUACUAGGAUUAAAUGUCAGGAAUUGUGAAAAACUGAGUUUAAAUGUAUUUGGCUAAGGUGUAUGGAAACUUCCGACUUCAACUGUAACUCUUGACAUUAUGCAUUUCCCUCACUUGAACCUCUCACCCUCAAAGUGUCUCAAAUAGACUUCAGAGUUUAGUUAAUGGCAUGCUUUUGGAAUCCCUCUUUAAAGAUGUGAAGAAAAAAAACAAAGUCGAGAGAGAGAGAGAGUUCCUGUAUGUUCACAUGUUUUUUUCCAUGUUCUCUAUAGAUAAACUAAACUCCGCUUGACUUUUCUCUGGGGAAACUAAAGGUAUUUUAAUGAAAGGAGGGUUCCACUUCAUGACAGUAUCUAGGUUUCCAUCCAGGUGACAGAUUUUCAUUCGAAAAUUCUAAAAUCUGCAAAAAGAUAAUCUGUAGCCUAAUAAAGUGCAUGUUUUGCCGAUUAGUCAUAGUGGGAGGACCACACAACAUGUCAUUGUGUGACUCCAAGUUUACAUAGAUAUGAUGGUUAUUAUAUCAAUAUUCGUGCAUAAACGCGUUUCCACCAACAGUUCUUGCAUAAUUCAUUUUACUGAAACAAAAAGAUCCCACCUUGUCUAGCGUAUUUUGUUUUGUUGACAUUUGGAAAGUUUACCGAAAAAUGUUAUGUUUCCAUCAGGCCUGGAAUGCAGUUUAUUAGGCUACAGAUUACAUAAAUUAUGAUGAACUUCACAGGGUGGUGAAAGUGCACAGUGAUGAGGUUGAUGCUCCCUUCCAAUAAAUAUAGAGGGUUCUUAUUCUGGUGACAUGAAGAUCACAUGAUGAUUGCAUAUUUGGUUGCUUUUUGACAAUUCAAAAAUAAUCUAGCUCUUUUGUCCAUAAUAAUCUCAUGUAGGCUAAACCCGCAAUGUAUCUGCGAGCUGGUGGCUAAAGCGCACAUGCUAAUACCGGAGUGGGCACACUGCUAUAAUGGCACAUUUCUUUGUGAGAAAACCAUCAGUAGAGUUGAACAUGCGAUGGAAACCCAUUUAUUCGGUACAUGGGAAUUUGUAUUUUUAUGUGCACUACGUCUUCAUGCAUAGACUUUCAUCUGCAACAAGCCAAUUUGAUGGAAACAAAUCUCUGGCAUAUUGUUUUUAUGCAGAUUUUAGAAUAUUCAGCACGAAAAUCUGUCACCAAUUGGAUGGAAAAUUAGCUACAGACACAAAAAGAUCCCACCUUGUUUAGCAUAUUUUGUUUUGUCGACAUUUGCAACGUUUACCAAGUUUACCGACACAUUUGCUGUUUUCAUCAGGCCUGUCAUUACAUUUUCUAUCCAAUAUGGACUUUACUUUGGUUAUAAACCAGGUUUCCAUCCAACCUUUCACCAAGUAAAGUACACGGAUAGAACAUGGUCACGACAGGCCUGAUGGAAACAGCAAAUGUUUCGGUAAACUUUCCAAAUGUUGACAGAACAAAAUAUUCUAGACAAGGUGGGAUCUUUUUGUGUUGGUGUGAUGAUGCGAACAUCCUCAUUUGAACAUUGCCCCUUAUUUAAAUUGAAUUUGUGAGUGUUUAUUUCUAUGUAUAUUGUUUUCCAGGUACCUGCUUAACUUACAUUAUUCAUAUCAUCGGUAGAGUUGAAAAUACAAUGAAAAGCCAUUUAACUUGUAUUUUUCCUUCGAUACAUGGGAAUUUAACCGCAAAAGUUAUUUUUAUGUGCACUAUGUCAUCACGCACAGCCUUUUGUCCACAACAAGUCAAUUUGAUGGAAACAUCUCUGGUGGGAAAAUGCGUGGGAUUUAUGCAGAUUUUAGAAUAUUUGCAUGAAAAUCUGUCACCAAUUGGAUGGAAACCUAGCUAUAGACAAACACUUGGAGCUAUAGCUGUGCAUGUCAGUUAGCUCAGAACUCAGAAGUGCCAGGUUUCAUCUGAAGGAAACUGUCACGAGGUGGAAAAGUGACAGGUUAUUUGUAACUGGGAUGAGCAGGCAUAGUGAAGUAAAGACCAAACAGAAGGACUAGUUCCAGCAUUUAAUAAACAAUAGGGCAUAGUUUACAAGUUCACCUUUUCAGCAGUGGCCUUUCUCACUGGGCCAGGAAUAUUUACAAACCAUGCAAUUUAAAAUGACAAACAAUCAAAGUAACAAAAAGGCACAGGAGGUGGUGCAGCCCAGGAGACAGGUCCAUCUUGGAAACUCACAAUACUCUAUUUCCCCCAUGCUCCUGGAAACAACCAUACCUCUGGACUACAUCCCCUCCUGUGGGCAGUUGCACCUCAAACAGAAAGGAACAAGGCUUAAAUCAGAGAGGAAGAGGCGAAGCGAGAGGUUUUACUCCGGCCAAAAUUUGUCCACGAAAAAUAAGCCCACGAAGUGAGGAAUUUUUGUAUGGAGACCAGUGAGUGUGGAAUUUGGUCAACAAAAAAUGUCAUUGCUAAUUUGUUACGUGAGGCUUAUUUGAUCAAAUAUACAUUUUCUUAAUGGUUAGGUUGUUAAGAAUGCACUGAUAUAAGUGGACACACUCUGCAUUACGACAAUUUAUAUAUCGGACUAUAUCGGAGUUGUGCCUGUUGUCAUAAAGAUAGAUGGAGGACUCAUCAUGGCUAUAGCCCGUUUUAACAUGGACAUUGCCAUUGAGGGCUUCCACCAUUUUAAAAGUAGUCAACUGGGUGGGGAGCCUAAGAGUUGGGAGCAAUCAGCCAAUAAAGAAGAAGGAAAUGUACUACUUUAAAAUGGUGCUUCCCAUUCUGUCACCGACGCUAUAAUGACACAGAAACAAAGAUGAGUCCUCUAUCUAUCUCUAUGGCCUGUUCACACACGUAUCCGCCCUGUCGUUGGCUAGAAUGGUCCCACCUAAUCUCGCCUCCUUCCGCCUGCCUUCCAUCUUUGAGGACAUGUAUUCCCCAUUAUAUUGACUAUCUUGUCAAUAUAAUAGACAAUCUUUGCUUAAAUACAAUUCAGCAAACAUACAAUUAACCGAUGAGAUCACUUGGAGAGUUAACGAGUCAAUCAAUCACACCUGUGACAAGACUCCGGUCUUUUACAGCUCUAUCUUAUAGCCUGGUCAAUGCUAAACCUCAAACAAAUGCGCUAUGGCCCUUGAACCCUUUGAUAGAUAUUCACUAGAUAUGAGUCACUAGAUGUGGACAUCUCACUGUCAAUGUCUCUGUGACUGCCAUGAACUUUUGCACACAUACAGAAAUGUCAGUCAAACAAGCAGGCAGGCACGCACGCACCACAGGAGGUUGGUGGCAUAUAAUUGGGGAGAACGGGCUCGUGUUAAUGACUGAAGCGGAAGGUGUUUGAUGACAUUCCAUUUGCUCCGUUCCGGACAUUUUUAUGAGCCGUUCCCCGUUCCCCUUAGCACAUUCCAUUUGCUCCGUUCCCUGUUUGAUUGCAGUCUGAGCAACUGCUCUUGAACUCUGCUGAGUGUGUUUAUCACCAACCCUGUUAACCUCCCUCCCUCUCUACUCCCCUAUCCUGUUUCCUCAUUCCCUUUCCCCGUCUUUCUUUCUCUCUCUCUCUCAUUCUACCUCUUCUUCUUUCUCUCUCGCUCUCAUUCUCUCCCUAACUCCUUUCCUCUUACUCCCCCUCUCUCUCCCCCUACUUCCCCCCACCACCUACCCUCCUCGCCUACCACACUCUCAGGGAUAGGGAAGUUCAUUGCCCUUGACUUUGCCCGGCGCGGGGCUCGUGUUAUCAUGGCGUGCCGGAGCAAGGCUCGCGGUAGCGUCGCCCUGCAGGAGAUCCGUAAGCGGAGUGGGAACGCCGAUGUGCACCUGCGUCUGGUAGACACCUCGUCCCUGGCGUCGGUGAGGGCGUUCGCAGAGGGCGUCCUGCGAGAGGAGAAGGAGCUCCACAUCCUGGUCAACAACGCUGGGGCUUCAGGUGGGCACCAGUCCAGAUUCAAAGACCGUUAGCCUGGAAAACACACUUAGGCUGCAAUCCACACUGAAUAUCGUUCACUAUUUACUACUGUUUCACUUGAAGCAAAAUACAAUAGUGAAGGAGCUCUCUCCACAUCCUGGUCAACAAUGCCAGGGCUUCAGGUGGGCAUUGGGUCCAGAGUUAGUUAUAGCCUGAAAUCCACACUGAAUAACACUACAUUUUCAAUAUUGACCUGAAGCAGAACAGUAAUGAAAAGGAGCGAUAUUCACUGUGGAUUCCAGGCUAAGAUGCAGUCAACCAGGGGUGGAUGUCAACAGCCAUCACACUAGUGUGACCAACUGGGUUUAAAUCCAGGGCGUCUACACACCAUAAGACUAAAGCCUGGGCAUGAGGAGAGUUAAUGCAAGUCUUUAGGUCUUGGGUAAGGUUACCAAAGCACGGUUGUGGUUUGGAGUCAGUACCCAAUAACAAUGUCCAUGAGAGGAACAACCUUGCUUGAUUGAUAAUAACAAUGGUAACAUGCCAUUCCACCGAAUUACAAUUUUGCUCACAAAUUCCCAUUCAUUAUCUAUCACUGUUGGGAAUGUUUGUCCUUGACACUGUGUCUGUUUGCGACAUGCACAUCCUUUUAUGCCCAAAGUAAAAUGCCUUCGCAGCUUUUCUUAUCACAUAUUUUGGUAAUGUUUUCUGUAUUUUGAUAAAAAAAUAUUUACUUUUUCACUUGAGUCUGUGUGUGAAUGCUUGAGUGCGUGUGUGUUUCUAUGUAUGUAUGAGUGUUCAUUGGUUUGGUUAUAUUAUGUCUGGACACAGGCUUGCCUAGAGAUAUCACCUCAGAUGGGCUAGAGGUGUCCUUUGCUACCAACCAUGUGGGUCCUUUCCUCCUCACCAACCUGCUUCUGGGUAAGACACCACAUAUUCCACUGAUACCUCACCCUGCCAUAAAGCUAGAGCUCUGUGAACAACUACUGCAGCGUUACACGGGCCACGGCUAUAGGCUUAUAUGCAAAAUAUGUUCCUAUAAAAGGGUUCUUCGACUGUCCCCAUAGGAGAACCCUUUUUGGUUCCAGGUAGAACCCUUUUUGCUUUCAGGUAGAACCAUUUUGGGUUCCAUGUACAGUGCCGGGAAAAAGUAUUUGCCCACUUUCUGAUUUUCUCUCUUUUUUAAUAUUUUUGAUGCUGAAUGUAAUCAGAUCUUCUACCAAAACCUGACUGAACAAGUAACACAACAAUUACAUACUUAUUUAAUUUAUUUCAUAAACAAAGUUAUGCCACACCCAAUGCCACUGUGUGAAAAAGCAAUAGCCCCCUUACACUCAAUAACUGGUUCUCAACUUUAGCUGCAAUGACUCCAACCAAACGCUUCCUGUAGUUGUUGAUCAGUCUCUCACAUCGCUGUGGAGGAAUUUUGGCCCAAUCUUCCAUGCAGAACUGGUUUAAUUCAGCGACAUUUGUGGGUUUUCAAGCAUGAACUGCUCGAUUCAAGUCCUGCCACAACAUCUCAAUUGGGAGUAGGUCUGGACUUUGACUAGGCCAUUCCAAAACUUCAAAUGUGUUGCUUUUUAGCUAUUUUCAUGUAGACUUGAUUGUGUGUUCUGGAUCAUUGUCUUGCUGCGUGACCCAGCUGCGCUUUAGCUUCAGCUCACAGACGGAUGGUCUGACAUUCUCCUGUAGAAUUCUCUGAUACAGAGCAGAAUUCAUGUUUUCUUCUAUUAAGGCAAGUCAUCGAGGUCCUCAGGCAGCAAAGCAUCCCCAAACCAUCACACUACCACCACCAUGCUUGACCGUUGGAAGAAUGUUCUAUGGACAGAUGAGUCAAAAGUAUAACUUUUUGAACGACAUGGGUCCCAUUAUGCCUGAUGAAAACCAAACACUGCAUUCCACAGUAAGAACCUCAUACGAAGAGUCUUGAUGAUCAUCCAGGUGCUUUUUGGCAAACUUGAGUCAACUUUUUGGACAAAAUGGGUUUUGUCACACAACACAAUGCCACAGAUGUCUCAAUUUUGAGGGAGCGUGCAAUUGGCAUGCUGACUGCAGGAAUGUCCACCAGAGCUGUUGCCAGAGAAUUGAAUGUUCAUUUCUGUACCAUAAGCCGCUUCCAACGUCAUUUUAGAGAAUUUGGCAGUACGUCCCACUGGCCUCACAACCGCAGACCACUUGUAACCACGCCAGCCCAGGACCUCUACACCAGGCUUCUUCACCUAAGGGAUCAUCUGAGACGAGCCACCCGGACAGCUGAUGAAACUGAGGAGUGUUUUUGUCUGUAAUAAAACCCUUUUGUGGGGGAAAAACUCAUUUUGGUUGGCUGGGCCUGGCUCCCCAGUGUGUGGGCCUCUGCCCAGUCAUUUGAAAUCCAUAGAUUAGGGCCUAAUGAAUUUACUUCAAUUAACUGAUUUCCUUAUAUGAACUGUAACUCAGUAACAUUUUUGAAAAUGUUGCGUUUAUAUUUUUGUUCAGUGGAACGAAGCAUGAAUUAUGCUCUGUAUCAGAGAAUUCUAUAGGAGAAUGUCAGGCUAUCUGCCUGUGAGCUGAAGCUGAAGCUCAGCUGGGUCAUGCAGCAAGACAAUGAUCCAAAACACAAUCAAGUCUACAUGAAAAUGGUUAAAAAGCAACAAAUGUGAAGUUUUGAAAACCCACAAAUGUCAUUGAGUUAAAACAGUUUUGCAUGCAAGAGUGGGCCAAAAUUCCUCCACAGCGAUGUGACAGACUGAUCAACAACUACAGGAAUCAUUUAGUUGGAGUCAUUGCAGCUAAAGGUGGCACAACUACCGUAUUUUCCGCACUAUAAGGCGCACCGGAGUAUAAGCCGCAGCAGCUAAAUUGAAUGAUAUUGAAUGAUGUGUACAUAUAUAAGCCGCACUGGACUAUAAACUGCAGGUGUUUUAAUGUUUAAUUACCAUAUGUAUGGGUUCGUGCACAGAGGGGAUUGUCGGGAAAGAGACAAACUGUCUCGCUCUCGUAAUGUCUGUCUGUCUUGCUCUCGUUCUGUCUCUCGUUCUGUCUCUCGUACCACUCUCGGUUCCACUUUUACUUUUGCGCGCUACCUGUCUCACUCUUUUCCGGCCUCCAGCUUUUCCUGCUGGAGCCCGCCGCUUAAAGGUGGGGGGCGCGGACCGGUCAUAGAGCCCAUAGAGUUAAAGUUGGUGGACUGUAACCUGUAAAAUCCAUAGAUUUAGGAGGUCUUCUAAUGGCCGUUAGCUGUAAAAAUCCAUAGAUUAGCCGCACCGUUAUAUAAGCCGCAGGGUCGAAAAAUGGGAAAAAAGGCGCGGCUUAUAGUCCAAAAAUUACGGUAGUUAUUGAGUGUAAAGGGCCAAUUACUUUUUCACACACUGGAAUUGGGUGUUGCAUAACUUUGUUAAUUCAAUAAAUAAAAUAAGUAUACUUUUUUUUGUUAUUUGUAAACUCAGGUUCCCUGGAUCUAAUAUUAGGUUUUGGUUGAAGAUCUGAUAAUUAUUCAGUAUCAAAAAUAUGCAAAAAUAGAGAAAAUCAGAAAGGGGGCAAAUACUUUUUCAUGGUACUGUAGAACCCUCUGUGGAAAGGGUUCUUGAUGGAACCCAAAAGGGUUAUUCAAAGGGUUCUCCUAUGGGAACAGCCAAAUAACCAUCUUAGGUUCUACAGUAGAUGGCACCUUUUUUCUAAUAGUUUAUUCUAGUGCUGUAUUUUGUGAGUGUUAUGCAUUUUGUUACUUUCCCUGUUUUACAUCUACUCAACCUUACAAUAAUUUACUGUAUGUAACAUUGUCCCAGUUAUCGCACGUUACAUUCCACACCUUACAUUGUUACUGUAUUCACUUCCCUUCCCACCACUCUUCUCUCGCCUCUACUCCUUCCCUCCCCUAUCUCCUCCCUCCAUCCCCCAUUCCCUUUCUCCCUCCUUUUCCUCUCCUUUUCCUCCCCCUCUCCCCUCCGUCCAGACCUGUUGAAGCAAUCAGCACCGGCACGCAUCGUCAACGUGUCAUCUGUGAACCAUUGGAGGGGCAAGGUCGACUUCUCGCACUUCAAGGGCAAGAACCUGGGCUACACUAUGGACAGUGUGUACAACCACACCAAGCUGCACAACGUCAUCUGCACUAACGAGCUGGCGCGAAGGCUACAAGGAACAGGUGGGUAUGAAGGCCUGGGCCAGUAUUAAUUAAGCAUCUUAGAGUAGGAGUGUUGAUCUAGGCAUCUGGUUUGGCUAUUCGAUUAUCAAAUUCUUGUUUAGAGCACAUAGUAGCCAUACCCUAUUUUACUGUUGCUAAAACAACUGUAUUAGUGGAUGUGUAACAUUUUACAAUGAGCAUAAUUUCUGAGUGGUCUUGUAAGGGAAGGGGGUGAUGUCAUGAAAAGUUAGGCGCCAAACAUCUGUGGAGCUGGAGAUUGAGUUUCCCCAUGUGUGUCAGACUUUCCAUGAAAUCAGAUUAAUGGUAAAGGAGGGACAUGGAUUUCUGGGUUUUUGUGUGGUUUAUAAUCUCUUCUGUGUGCGGGUGCGCGUGCAUGCGCGCGUGUGUGUGUCUCACAGGGGUGACAGCUAACUCCCUCCACCCCGGGUUGGUGAUGACAGAAGUGAUGAGACACUAUAACUUCAUGGUUCGGUUCCUCUUCAACAUUAUCGGAAUCUUCUUCUUCAAGGUGAACAUUUUUUAUAAAACACCCUGGUGAAAAUCAUUCAUACAGUACAUUGUUUAACACUUUAUUUUACCAUCCUGUUUCAGCUGGUAUUAAGUAAGAAACCAUUUCUGGUACUUAUAUGUUACGUAAUAAUUAUCAUUUUAUACAGUAGUUUCCAAAUAAAUAACAAGUAAAUAGUGGACUGUAAAAUAAAGUGUAAUCAAUAUUUUCAGUUUGUCUGAAAUGAAAGAGCGAAAGGGAUUCAUUCAAAGGUGCAUUUCAGUGGUGCACACUGCACUAAUGACAACACAUUUUAAAGGCAAUCUCCCUGCUUUUUGUGGAUAUCGCAUUCAAGUGCAAUGUGCUUGUUGACAUUGCUCCUUUGACUGAAUUCUGGCAAAAGUGUGUUUCUGAGAAGGUCUGUAGUUGGGAAGAAAAUGUGUGAGACAUAAAGAUUUGUUAUUGUUAUGGUCCUGGUUGUUACAUUUAUGGGAACAGGAUGUGUUAGGUCUCACUUAAUUCACAACAAAACUAAAGAGACUUACUGCACCAGACAACCGACAGUGCGUGUUUUAAAGGUCAUUUACACCUGAGCCAAUAUUCACAGGGUUUACCAUGAAUGCGAAUGGCAGAGAAAUUGGUUGACCUUUUCACCUGUAUAGUGCGCUGCUCGAUAACGCACCUAGUUUUUCUUAUUUUUGAAGAAUGACUAAAUAGUAGAACUUUAAAACGUAAUGCAGGACCAGCGAAGGACACCACAACAUAAGACCACAUUAAACAGAGGCCAGACCCCAUUUAAAUGGGCAAGAGUCUUUAGCCCAGGCUUAAAGGCAGUGAUGGUCUGGGCCAUGCAGAGAUGGAGUGAAAGCUUGUUUCACAGCUAGGGGCCGAAGGGGUGUAGACUGUAUGGUCACCCAUCGUUUUGAGGCAGGUCUUUGGGACAGAGGAGUCUUUGAUCAUUUGUCAUGAUCCUAAAGAUGAUGGUUUUCUUAGGUGGGGACCAGACCUGGGAUAACUAUAGUUUUAAUUAUGCUUUGUGGAAAGUUUUUUUUUAAUUGAGGGGAACAAAUGGUUACUUUGGAGGUGACUACAACUAUAUGAAUACAGAUUUUUGCCUUUUAGGCGUACAUUAUGGGAAUGAUAAUCUCAAUGAUAAUCUCAUACUCGGCAAAAGCUAAAUCUGAUUUAGUGAUUAAUUUUCUUCAAUUUUAAUUUCUACCUUAGAAAAAGACCAUUAAAAUGUUUACACGGUAAAGAAGAAAAUACAAUUUCUGAAUUUAAGCAGGAAUACAAUCUUUUACGUUUGAAGAGAGCCAACAAUUACAGGUCAAACUCCAAUAAAGCAUAUUACUUAAUGACAAAUAAACCUGGUAAAUAUCUCGCAGCUCUCACAAAAGGAACACAUGCUAAACCAGUUAUAAUUUAAAAAGAAAUAACAACGUGAUUAAUGACAAUUUUAAAAGCUUCUAUGAAAAUGUAUAUAAAUCAGAAUUAAACAACAGUUGGACGGAUCCUAUAGCCUUCUUAGACUCAACAACCAUGAAGCAAUUAUUAGAAAACAGAAAUCGCCCAAAAAUAAAUAUUACAUACUGUUAAAACAUUUACCCAGAGAAAAGCACCAGGAAUGGAUUGCUUGCCCAUAGAAUUAUAUUCAACAUUUUGGGACAAAGUAGUGCCCAUUUUUACACAAAUAACACGCGUCACUCAAUUCAGUACUUCCUAGUUCUAUGUCUCAAACAGUUAUUUCAGUUAUAUUAAAAUCAGGAAAAUCUGGAGAGUCCCCUACUGAUUAUAGACACAAGUUUAAUAAACUGUGACAAUAAAAUAAUAACAAAGCUUAUAAGCAAUAGUCUUACCAGACUUGAAAUAUCAAUCAAAGAGGGUUUAUUAAAAAUAAACACUUACAAACAAAUACAAGAACAUUUUUCAGUUUAAUACAAUACGCAAAAAAAAUAUUAAUAGAUUGAUCAAUAAUGGCUGUUGAUGCCGAAAAUACUUUAGACCAUCUUGAAUGGCCUUUUUUAUUUAAAUCUUUGGAAGCUUUCAACUUUCCAUCUGAAAUAAUACAAAUAAUAUAUAAAUGUCCUAAAGCAAAAAUAUGCACAAAUAAUACAUUAUCUGAUGAUAAAGCUAAGAACAUUAACAACUUCAUAGUUAAGAACACUAUAACAAUAUGGAAGAAAAUGUAACGUAUUCUACAAGAACCAAUAUCACUCCCUAAAAACACAACCCUAUGGAACAAUCCUUGGAUAGCUUUUCAGAAUUCACCGAUAAAUUGGUCUACAUGGAAAACUAACAGCAUAGUUAGUAGCAACGGUUAAUGACUUGGUAACAGGAAGUAAAUGUAUUUCCAUGAUAGAUCUGUCCAAAAUUGCUUUUUAAUUCUAUGUCAAUAUUUAAAUACAUGCAACUCAAGUUACAUAUCACGAAAUUCCGAUUUGAAAUCUUUUCGACAUCAGAGCAACCUUGAGGGAAUCUUAUCAAAUCAACUUUUAUUGGUCACAUACACAUGUUUAGCAGAUGUUAUUGCGGGUGUAGCGAAAUGCUUGUGUUUCUAGCUCCAACAGUGCAGUAAUAUCUAACAAUUCACAACAAUACACAUAAUACACACAAUCUAAAAGUAAAAUAAUGUAAUUAAGAAAUAUAAAUAUUAGGAUGAGCAAACUCGGAGUGGCAUAGACGAAAAUACAGUAGAAUAGAAUACAGUAUAUACACUACCGUUCAAAUGUUUGGGGUCACUUGUUUUGUCCUUGUUUUCCAUGAAAACAUACAUGAAAUGAGUUUGAAUAGGAAAUAUAGCAAAAUUAAUAGGAAAUGUAGUCAUUGACAAGGUUAGAAAUAAUGAUUUUUAAUUGAAAUAAUAAUUGUGUCCUUCAAACUUUGCUUUCGUCAAAGAAUCCUCCAUUUGCAGCAAUUACAGCCUUGCAGAUCUUUGGUAUUCUAGUUGUCAAUUUGUUGAGGUAAUCUGAAGAGAUUUCACCCCAUGCUUCCUGAAGCACCUCCCACAAGUUGGAUUGGCUUGAUGGGCACUUCUUACGUACCAUACGGUCAAGCUGUUCCCACAACAGCUCAAUAGGGUUGAGAUCCGGUGACUGUGCUGGCCACUCCAUUAUAGACAGAAUACCAGCUGACUGCUUCUUCCCUAAAUAUUUUUUGCAUUGUUUGGAGCUGUGCUUUGGGUCAUUGUCCUGUUGUAGGAGGAAAUUGGCUCCAAUUAAGCGCCGUCCACAGGGUAUGGCAUGGCGUUGCAAAAUGGAGUGAUAGCCUUCCUUCUUCAAGAUCCCUUUUAACCUGUAAAAAUCUCCCACUUUACCACCACCAAAGCACCCCUAGUAUGCACGCAUGACUGUAAGUCGUUUUGGAUAAAAGCGUCUGCUAAAUGGCAUAUUAUUAUUAUUAUUAUUAUUAUUAGACCAUCACAUUGCCUCCACCAUGCUUGACAGAUGGCAUCAAGCACUCCUCCAUCAUCUUUUCAUUUGGUCUGCGUCUCACAAAUGCUCUUCUUUGUGAUCCAAACACCUCAAACUUCGAUUUGUCUGUCCAUAACACCUUUUUACAAUCUUCCUCUGUCCAGUGUCUGUGUUCUUUUGCCCAUCUUAAUCUUUUCUUUUUAUUGGCCAGUCUGAGAUAUGGCUUUUUCUUUGCAACUCUGCCUAGAAGGUCAGCAUCCCGGAGUCGCCUCUUCACUGUUGACAUUGAGACUGGUGUUUUGCGGGUACUAUUUAAUGAAGCUGCCAGUUGAGGACCUGUGAGGCAUCUGUUUCUCAAACUAGACACUAAUGUAUUUGUCCUCUUGCUCAGUUGUGCACCGGGGCCUCCCACUCCUCUUUCUAUUCUGGUUAGAGCCAGUUUGCGCUGUUCUGUGAAGGGAGUAGUACACAGCGUUGUACGAGAUCUUCAGUUUUUUGGCAAUUUCUCGCAUGGAAUAGCCUUCAUUUCUCAGAACAAGAAUAGACUGACGAGUUUCAGAAGAAAGUUAUUUGUUUCUGGCCAUUUUGAGCCUGUAAUCGAACCCACAAUUGCUGAUGCUCCAGAUACUCAACUAGUCUCAAGAAGGCCAGUUUUAUUGCUUCUUUAAUCAGCACAACAGUUUUCAGCUGUGCUAACAUAAUUGCAAAAGGGUUUUCUAAUCAAUUAGCCUUUUUUAAAUGAUAAACUUGGAUUAGCAAACACAACGUGCCAUUGGAACACAGGACUGAUGGUUGCUGAUAAUGGGCCUCUGUACGCCUAUGUAAUUCCAUUAAAAAUCAGCAGUUUCCAGCUACAAUAGCCAUUUACAACAUUAACAAUGUCUACACUGUAUUUCUGAUCAAUUUGAUGUUAUUUUAAUGGACAAAAAAAAUGCUUUUCUUUCGAAAACAAGGACAUUUCUAAGUGACCCCAAACUUUUGAACGUUAGUGUACAUAUGAGAUGAGUAAAGCAAAAGUGACUAGUGUUCCAUUAUUAAAGUGGCCAGUGAUUUCAAGUCUAUGUAUGUAGGGCAGCAGCCUCUAAGUUGCAGGGUUAUGUAACCGGUUGGAAGCUCCAAGUGAUGGCUAUUUAACAGUCUGAUGGCCUUGACAUAGAAGCUGCUUUUCAGUCUCUCAGUCCCAGCUUUGAUACACCUGUACUGACCUCGCCUUCUGGAUGAUAGCGGGGUGAACAGGCAGUGGCUCGGGUGGUUGUUGUCCUUUAUGAUUUGUUUUACCUUCCUGUGACAUCGGGUGCUGUAGGUGUCCUGGAGGACAGGUAGUUUGCCCCCGGUGAUGCGUUGGGCAGACCGCACCUCCCUCUGGAGAGCCCUGCGGUUGCGGGCGGAGCAGUUGCCGUACCAGGCGGUGAUACAGCCCGACAGGAUGCUCUCAAUUGUGCAUCUAUAAAGGUUUGUGAGGGUUUUAGGUGCCAAGCCAAAUUUCUUCAGCCUCCUGUGGUUGAAGAGGUGCUGUUGCGCCUUCUUCACCACACUGUACGCUGAGGAACUUGAAGCUUUCCACCUUCUCCACUGCGGUCCCGUCGAUAUGGAUAGGGGUGUGCCCCCUCUGCUGUUUCCUGAAGUCCACGAUCAGCUCUUUUGUUUUAUUGACGUUGAAUGAGAGAAUUUUCCUGGCACCACACUCCCAGGGCCCUCACCUUCUCCCUGUAGGCUAUCUCAUCAUUGUUGGUAAUCAGGCCUACUACUGUUGUGUCGUCUGCAAACUUGAUGAUUAAGUUGGAGGCGUGCGUGGCCAUGCAGUCAUGGAUGAACAGGGAGUACAGGAGGGGAAUGAGCACGCACCCUUGUGGGGCCCCUGUGAUGAGGAUCAGCAAAGUGGACGUGUUGUUUCCUACCUUCACCACCUGGGGGCGGCCCGUCAGGAAGUCCAGGAUCCAGUUGCACAGGGUGGGGUUCAGAAUCAGGGCCCAGAGCUUAAUGAUGAGCUUGGAGGGUACUAUGGUGUUGAAUGCUGAGCUAUAGUCAAUGAAGUCGGAAGUUUACAUACACCUUAGCCAAAUACAUUUAAACUCAGUUUUUCAAAAUUCCUGACAUUUAAUCCUAGUAAAAAUUCCCUGUCUUAGGUCAGUUAGGAUCACCACUUUAUUUUAAGAAUGUGAAAUGUCAGAAUAAUAGUAGAGAGAAUGAUUUAUUUCAGCUUUUAUUUCUUUCAUCACAUUCCCAGUGGGUCAGAAGUUUACAUACACUCAAUUAGUUUUUGGUAGCAUUGCCUUUAAAUUGUUUAACUUGGGUCAAAUGUUUCGGGUAGCCUUCCACAACCUUCCCACAAUACGUUGGGUGAAUUUUGGCCCAUUCCUUCUGACAGAGCUGGUGUAACUGAGUCAGGUUUGUAGGCCUCCUUGCUCGCACACGCUUUUUCAGUUCUGCCCACAAAUGUUCUAUAGGAUUGAGGUCAGGGCUUUGUGAUUACCACUCCAAUACCUUGACUUUGUUGUCCUUAAGCCAUUUUUGCCACAACUUUUGAAGUAUGCUUGGGGUCAUUGUCCAUUUGGAAGAUCCAUUUGCGACCAAGCUUUAACUUCCUGACUGAUGUCUUGAGAUGUUGCUUCAAUAUAUACACAUAAUUUUCCUUCCUCAUGAUGCCAUCUAUUUUGUGAAGUGCACCAGUCCCUCCUGCAGCAAAGCACCCCCACAGCAUGAUGCUGCCACCCCCGUGCAUCACGGUUGCGAUGGUGUUCUUCGGCUUGCAAGCAACCCCCUUUUUCCUCCAAACAUAACGAUGGUCAUUAUGGCCAAACAGUUCUAUUUUUGUUUCAUCAGACCAGAGGACAUUUCUCCAAAAAGUAUGAUCUUUGUCCCCAUGUGCAGUUGCAAACCGUAGUCUGGCUUUUUUAUGGCGGUUUUGGAGCAGUGGCUUCUUCCUUGCUGAGCGGCCUUUCAGGUUAUGUCGAUAUAGGACUAGUUUUACUGUGGAUAUAGAUACUUUUGUACCUGUUUCCUCCAGCAUCUUCACAAGGUCCUUUGCUGUUGUUCUGGGAUUGAUUUGCACUUUUCACACCAAAGUACGUUCAUCUCUAGGAGACAGAACGCGUCUGCUUCCUGAGCGGUAUGACGGCUGCGUGGUCCCAUGGUGUUUAUACUUGCGUACUAUUGUUUGUACAGAUGAACGUAGUACCUUCAGGCGUUUGGAAAUUGUUCCCAAGGAUGAACCAGACUUGUGGAGGUCUACAAUUUUUUUUAUAUCAAGCAAAGAGGCACUGAGUUUGAAGGUAGGCCUUGAAAUACAUCCACAGGUACACCUCCAAUUGACUCAAAUGAUGUAAAUUAGCCUAUCAGAAGCUUCUAAAGCCAUGACAUCAUUUUCUGGAAUUUUCCAAGCUGUUUAAAGGCACAGUCAACUUAGUGUAUGUAAACUUCUGACCCACUGGAAUUGUGAUACAGUGAAUUAUAAGUGAAAUAAUCUGUCUGUAAACAAUUGUUGGAAAGAUUACUUGUGUCAUGCACAAAGUAGAUGUCCUAACCGACUUGCCAAAACUAUAGUUUGUUAAAAAGAAAUUUGUGGAGUGGUUGAAAAACAAGUUUUAAUGACUCCAACCUAAGUGUAUGUAAACUUCCGACUUCAACUGUAGGUAUUCCUUUUGUCCAGAUGGGAAAGGGCAGUGUGCAGUGCCAUGGUGAUUGCAUCGUCUGUGGAUCUAUUGGGGUAGAAAGCAAAUUGAAGUGGGUCUAGGGUGUCAGGUAAGGUAGAGGUGAUAUGAUCCUUAACUAGCCUCUCAAAGCACUUAAUGAUGACAGAAGUGACUGCUACGGGGCGAUAGUCAUUUAGUUCAGUUACCUUUGCUUUCUUGGGUACAGGAACGAUGGUGGACAUCUUGAAGCGAUUGAAAAUGUCCAUAAACACUCCAGCCAGCUGGUCUGCCCAUGCUCUGAGGACGCGGCUAGGAAUGCAGUCUGGGCCGGCAGCCUUGUGAGGGUUAACACGCUUAAAUGUCUUACUCACGUCGGCCACGGAGAACGAGAGCCCACAGUCCUUGGUAGCGGGCUGCGUCGGUGGCACUGUGUUAUCCUCAAAGCGGGCGAAUAAGGUGUUUAGCUUGUCUGGGAGCAAGACAUCGUUGUCCGCGACGUGGCUGGUUUUCCCUUUGUAAUCUGUGAUUGUCUGUAGACCCUGCCACAUAUGUCUCGUGUCUGUGCCGUUGAAUUGCGACUCCACUUUGUCUCUAUGCUGAAGUUUUGCCUGUUUGAUUGCCUUACGGAGGGAAUAACUACACUGUUUGUAUUUGGCCAUAUUCCCAGUCACCUUGCCAUGGUUAAAUGCGGUGGUUCGCGCUUUCAGUUUUGCGCAAAUGCUGCCAUCUAUCCACGGUUUCUGGUUUGGGUAGGUUUUAAUAGUCACAGUGGGUACAACAUCUCCUAUACACUUCCUGAUGAACUCAGUCACCGUAUUAGUGUAUUCAUCAAUGUUAUUCUCAGAGGCUACCCGGAACAUAUCCCAGUCCACGUGAUCAAAACAAUCUUGAAGCAUGGAUUCCGAUUUGUCAGACCAGCGUUGAAUAGUCCUUAGCACGGCUACUUCCUGUUUAAAUUUCUACCUUUAGAAAGGGAGGAGCAAAAUGGAGUCGUUAUUAGAUUUGCCGAAGGGAGGGCGGAGGAGGGCCUUGUAGGCAUUUCGAAAGCUGAGUAGCAGUGGUCUAAUGUUUUCUCAGAGCGAGUGCUACAGUCAAUAUGUUGGUAGAACUUCGGUAGCGUUUUCCUCAAAUUUGCUUUGUUAAAAUAAAUGCGGCCUCAGGAUAUGUGGUUUCCAGUUUGCCUAAAGUGUAGUUAUUUGAGGGCCAUCGUGGUAUCGGCUUGGGGGGGGAAUAUACACUGCUGUGACUAUAACUGAAGAUAAUUCUCUUGGGAGGUAAUACGGUCAGGUGAACAAAAGGACUUGAGUUUCUGUGUGUUAUCACAAUCACACCAUGAGUAGUUAAUCAUGAAACACACCCCCCCGCCUUUCUUCUUCCCGGAGAGUUCUUUAUUCCUGUCUGCGCAAUGUACUGAGAACCCAGCUGGCUGUAUGGACGAAGACAGUAUAUCCCGAGAGAGCCAUGUUUCCGUGAAACAGAGUAUGUUACAAUCCCUGAUGUCUCUCUGGAAGGAGGUUCUCGCCCUGAGCUCGUCUACUUUAUUAUCCAGAGACUGAACAUUAGCGAGUAAUAUACUCGGAAGUAGUGGAUGGUGUGCGCGCCUCCUGAGUCGGACUAGAAGUCCACUCCGAGUCAGAAAAGGAUGUUCAUAUGAUAGGUAAGAUAUACAAAACCUUGCAGAGACUAUAUCCACUGACAAUCUCUUAUAAUAUAAACUAUUGGAACCAAGACUUAAAAAUAACUGAUGUUGGCACAAGAUGGAGGUAAUGUUGGAGCAUAAAUAACGAAAUUACAGUUAACGAAAAUGUACGCUUAAUCCAGUAUAAACUAAUGUAUAAAAUGUAUUAUACAAGAGACAAAAUAAACAAAUUCUACAGCACAACAGCAGAGUCGUGUCUUAAGUGUAAAACUAACAAUGACUCAACAAUCCAUACUUUCUGGGAAUGGCAGAAGUCCAAAAGUUAUGGGUGGAGCUAGAAAGUUGGCUGUCAGAAGUAUUACAAUGUAAACUUACUUUUAAUCCGUCUGUCUGCAUAUUUCAAGACAUGGAAUAUGGGGUAUAGUGAGAUACCCAAUGGGCUGAAAGAUUCUCUUCUCAUCACUCAUCUAGAAAAAAAUUAUACUUAAAACAUGGAAAUCAAUCCCCCAUCAUUAACGCAAUGGGAAAAUCAAAUUAUUUAUUAUUGAAAUAGAAUGGGCGACCGAGGAAAAACUAAUUGGUACAAUUUAAGGCUAAGUGGCAAACAACAAUGCAGACACUAGGGAUGGGGGUGUGAGCAUGCGGAUCUGGGCAGAUGAAAUGUAGUCGAUGUUUGUUUGUGUCUGUAAGUUGAUGUUUGUAUGUUUGUAUCUGGUGUGAAUAAAACAUUUUUUAAUGAUAAAAUAAUACAUACAAAUAGUAUUUGUUUUUCUGAGACCUGUAUUUGAAUAUCAAAGAAAAUAGUUGCCUUUUAGUUGAAACUCUAUAUAAGCUAUGUUCCACUACAAUACAGUGGGGAAAAAAGUAUUUAGUCAGCCACCAAUUGUGCAAGUUCUCCCACUUAAAAAGAUGAGAGAGGCUUGUAAUUUUCAUCAUAGGUACACGUCAACUAUGACAGACACAUUGAGGAAAAAAAAUCCUGAAAAUCACAUUGUAGGAUUUUUAAUGAAUUUAUUUGCAAAUUAUGGUGGAAAAUAAGUAUUUGGUCACCUACAAACAAGCAAUAUUUCUGGCUCUCACAGACCUGUAACUUCUUCUUUAAGAGGCUCCUCUGUCCUCCACUCGUUACCUGUAUUAAUGGCACCUGUUUGAACUUAUCAGUAUAAAAGUCCACAACCUCAAACAGUCACACUCCAAACUCCACUAUGGCCAAGACCAAAGAGCUGUCAAAGGACACCAGAAACAAAGUUGUAGACCUGCACCAGGCUGGGAAGACUGAAUCUGCAAUAGGUAAGCAGCUUGGUUUGAAGAAAUCAACUGUGGGAGCAAUUAUUAGGAAAUGGAAGACAUACAAGACCACUAAUAAUCUCCCUCGAUCUGGGGCUCCAUGCAAGAUCUCACCCUGUGGGGUCAAAAUGAUCACAAGAACGGUGAGCAAAAAUCCCAGAACCACACGGGGGGACCUAGUGAAUGACCUGCAGAGAGCUGGGACCAAAGUAACAAAGCCUACCAUCAGUAACACACUACGCCGCCAGGGACUCAAAUCCUGCAGUGCCAGACGUGUCCCCCUGCUUAAGCCAGUACAUGUCCAGGCCCGUCUGAAGUUUGCUAGAGUGCAUUUGGAUGAUCCAGAAGAGGAUUGGGAGAAUGUCAUAUGGUCAGAUGAAACCAAAAUAGAACUUUUUGGUAAAAACUCAACUCGUCGUGUUUGGAGGACAAAGAAUGCUGAGUUGCAUCCAAAGAACACCAUACCUACUGUGAAGCAUGGGGGUGGAAACACACCGUUUUUCUGCAAAGGGACCAGGACGACUGAUCCGUGUAAAGGAAAGAAUGAAUGGGGCCAUGUAUCGUGAGAUUUUGAGUGAAAACCUCCUUCCAUCAGCAAGGGCAUUGAAGAUGAAACGUGGCUGGGUCUUUCAGCAUGACAAUGAUCCCAAACACACCGCCCGGGCAACGAAGGAGGGGCUUCGUAAAAAGCAUUUCAAGGUCCUGGAGUGGCCUAGCCAGUCUCCAGAUCUCAACCCCAUAGAACAUCUUUGGAGGGAGUUGAAAGUCUGUGUUGCCCAGCGACAGCCCCAAAACAACACUGCUCUAGAGGAGAUCUGCAUGGAGGAAUCGGCCAAAAUACCAGCAACAGUGUGUGAAAACCUUGUGAAGACUUACAGAAAACGUUUGACCUGUGUCAUUGCCAACAAAGGGUAUAUAACAAAGUAUUGAGAAACUUUUGUUAUUGACCAAAUACUUAUUUUCCACCAUAAUUUGCAAAUAAAUUCAUUAAAAAUCCUACAAUGUGAUUUUCUGGAUUUCUUUUUCUCAUUUUGUCUGUCAUAGUUGAAGUGUACCUAUGAUGAAAAUUACAGGCCUCUCUCAUCUUUUUAAGUGGGAGAACAUGCACAAUUGGUGGCUGACUAAAUACUUUUUUCCCCCACUGUACCUUGAGUAUUUGAAAAGUUAGUAUUUUCAAAUAAACUACAAAAUACAACUAUUUCUGCCCUGGUCUGGUGGGGACCCAACACAACAGAGGCACACCACAGAAUGAGUUAACAAACAAAUCCACUCAAUAGAACAACUGUAAACGCUACCACAUGUUGGGAAUGAAAGCAGCAUUUAUUUCGGUCUUUGGGCUGACGUGAACCGUGACAGUGGAAUUUGGACUGUUUUGGCUGUGUGUGUGUGUGCUGUCCCACCUCGUAAGAACUGGGAGUUAAUCCAGAAAUAACUUUUUGGGCUCUAUUCCAUCUGUAUUGCUGAAUCAUUACAGAUUGCGCAAUGGAAAUGUGAAUGUAAUUUCCGAUUGAGCAGACAUAUGGAGCGUUUACCUUGAAUGCAGUCUAUGCUAACACGGGAACAUUGAAAUUUAAAGGCAAUCAAGUUGUAAUGGUAAACUUCAGCGACACAAAUUUAAUAGAGACCCUUAAAUCUAAAGACAGAAUAAACCAGUAUGAAAAGGGGUCAAGUGGAGUAGAGUGUCUGAAAAAUUACAUUUCUAGCAGUUUCACAACUAUAUUUCACAGACUUCCCAGAAUCAACAAGGGAAAUCUGUCAAUUCUAUGUUACUUUGUCAAAGUUGCAAAUUAAGGAAGACUCCCUUUCCUGGCAUGUGACUAACAUUUUUUCACAGAAACAAAGCACUGAGCUAUUGACUGGCAGUUGAUGUGCUUACUAGCAGUGGCUGUCUCUUUUUAUGCAGAGGUGGUUAGUGUGUGUGUGCGUGUCUUCUUAGGCUGAGAUUCAAUCUGAUCACCGCUUGAUCCGUGUUAAAGCGCUUGACAUUUAAAGGUACUUUCCGAUUGAGCCGGUAUAUGCAGCAAUUACUGUGAACGCAGUCUCCGUGAACGCGGGAACAUUGCCUUUAAAAUGUGCAUAACUGUCAGUGCGAUUGGAUUGAAUCCCGGCCCUACUGUAUACCCAGCCUCACCCUCUCCCAUCUCUGUCCACACAGUCUUCUGAGGAAGGGGCAGUGAGUACCAUCUACUGUGCGGUUGCCACGGAGACGGAGGGAAUAACAGGGAAGUACUUUGACAGCGACUGUUCCCUGGUUCUUCCUGCCCCCCUGGCCCGAGAUCCCGCCCUCGCAGUAAAGGACUUUGAGUUCUGCGAGAGAUUGACAUCCAAGCUCUGA